GUUGGCAACGGAUUAGACCUGUUGAUUCUCUAAAGCUGUAGUAAAACGGCUGCAUGGUAGGAUCUAAGAGACUCUGGGCUUUAGUACUUGCUGAAGUCAAUUUUCUACCCAAGGUACUCAUUUGCCCAAAUGGAAGAUAAGAAAAGGGUGACAUUGAUGACCUCAACUACGCUGCAUCCCGGAAAAGAAGCUGGAAAACCUUCUACACACCAGGUGGACCUCUUGCAGGAGGUCCCAGAACCAGAUGCCAUUUCAUUGGACAACCUGCUCUUUCAGAGACCCGGGGAUGAGGAUUGCUUUAGGAAAGGGGAAGGACCUUCAUGUCCUGAUAGCAAUGAGCUGGACAGCGUCUUGGAUUCCUUGCUGGACUCUUCAACACAAGGUCAUUCCCACCCUUGGUCUGAUUAUGUUUCUUCAGAGAUAGGGGACAACCAAUUAAUUCAUGUUCUGAGCUCUUCUGGGAAAAGUAAGGACAUUGGUGCCAUUUCAAACUUGUCUCAAGGCGAGGUUUGCUCUUGGAUUGAAGCUAAGGUCAUCAGAGGUUCAAUGUCCCCCAAUGGGAAAGACAGAACAACCCUGCAAGAGGCUAACCUGAAUUUACCAGGAAAAAUUGUUACUGCUACAAACAUCCCCUUAUUUCCUCUAGAACUUGGCUUUAAUACUAUGUCCGUCCUGCCAUUAAAUCAAGCUUACAUUGCUGCAAGGGCACGGCAGAUUUUAGACGUUGAAGGAGCUGACCAGAAACCUUUAUCCCCAAGCACCACUUUACAGUCAUCUCAGCAUCUGGUUCCCUUUUCAAAUGCUCAACCUACUAUAAAGCAAAACUCACUUCUGCAUUCUGAAAAUUUAGAAGACGCCAAGAUUAAAAAGGAAGAUGCUGAGAUGUCUCUGUACAAGCCUGACAACCAGGUAUCAGUGAGUCCAGAUUAUGGAGUUCCACCAAAACUCCCUGCUUCUCCUGAUCUUGCUAAUUCUUUUGAUUACAUUCUCUAUAAAAGUGAAUCAAAACAUUCUCUUGAUUCUAUUAAGGCUAUAACCCAGGGGAAAUUGUGUGACAGUCCUGGUAAUAUUCAACCAUCUACAUCCAGUACCCCCCAACCAACCUAUCAGCCCACGAAUCUCAAUGGCCACCAGCAUUUUGGGUACCAGACAGCCACUUUGAAAGAAUGUUUUUUCCCCCAGAUUCAGUUGUCAUAUGGACAAUUUAUAAGGUCUGAUAGUGAUGCUGACCAAAGGUCUCCGUAUGGGUUCGAAUCUUUCCCUCAGAAGAUCUGUCUAAUUUGCGGGGAUGAGGCUUCUGGCUGUCAUUAUGGAGUACUUACCUGUGGAAGCUGCAAAGUCUUCUUUAAAAGAGCUAUUGAAGGGCAGCAUAAUUACUUAUGUGCAGGUAGGAACGACUGCAUUGUUGAUAAAAUACGAAGGAAGAACUGUCCAUCAUGUCGUCUAAGGAAAUGUUGCCAGGCUGGAAUGGUUCUUGGAGGUCGAAAGUUUAAAAAGUUUAGCAGAGUAAAAACUGGGAGAGAAAUUGAUACAAUUGUGUUUCAGCAAACAACAAGCGUUCCAACAGAAUGUCAACAAGCUCUGACACGGAGGAUCUCUACAAGUCCAACUCAAGAAAUCCAGUUUAUUCCAGAACUGUUGCACAUUUUACAGAGUAUAGAGCCAGAGGUUGUUUAUGCAGGUUAUGAUAAUUCACGACCUGAAACGCCAAGCGCAUUGCUAAGUAGUCUCAAUCAGUUGUGUGAACGACAGCUUCUUUCUGUUGUUAAAUGGUCAAAAUCACUUCCAGGGUUUAGGAGUUUACACAUUGAUGACCAGAUUACACUUUUGCAAUAUUCUUGGAUGAGUUUGAUGGUGUUUGCAUUGGGAUGGAGGUCGUACAAACAUGUCAGUGGUCAGAUGCUUUAUUUUGCACCAGACUUAAUACUGAAUGAACAAAGAAUGAAAGAGUCAUCAUUCUAUUCCCUUUGUCUCGCAAUGUGGCAGUUACCACAAGAGUUUGUUAAAUUUCAAGUCAGCCAUGAAGAGUUUCUUUGCAUGAAGGCUCUGUUGCUUCUGAAUACAAUUCCUUUGGAGGGUCUUAAAAGUCAAAACCAGUUUGAUGAGAUGAGGACAAACUACAUCAGGGAAUUGGCCAAGGCGAUUGGCCUGAAACAGAAAGGAGUAGUGGCCAGUUCACAGAGAUUCUAUCAGCUAACUAAGCUCAUGGACUCCAUGCAUGAACUAGUAAAACAGCUUCACCUGUACUGCCUCAACACUUUCCUUCAGUCCCGGGCACUUAGUGUUGAAUUUCCUGAGAUGAUGUCAGAAGUCAUAUCUGCCCAGCUACCCAAGAUAUUGGCAGGAAUGGUAAAACCCCUCGUGUUUCACAAAAAGUAAACAUCAUCCUAUUUUCCACAAAAACUGCUCAUUAACUUCUAAAUAUCUUCUUGCUGUCAUGAUGUUGUGGUAACAGAUGCUUUAUUAUACUCUACAAGUUUCAAAACAUGGACCUUAUAGAAAAGAGAAGAAAAGAAAAAGAAGAAAAGAAAAAGAAAGAACGAAAGUAUAGUUUUAUAUUUAAACCUGAUAAAAGUGAAAUAUGACAAAGGCUGAUAUUUACAAAUACCAUUCAAUGAACCAACAUUACUUUUGCAUUUUUUCUGAACAUAGGGUUGCCACCUCGGCCAUUUUUUCUGGACACUUAUGAGUUAUACAUGCUGCAGGGAGUGCAGGUAGGAACAGGAAUUUAAACCCUGGACAGCACACAAAUAGUGACACUGAACAGCACUAUUCAUGUUCCUCUCUGCACAGCAUGCAUGAGAACAUGUGUAACUCAUAAGUGUCCAGGAAAACAUAGCCAAGGUGGUAACCAUAGCUGAACACCAUAGCUUUGGCUACCUGCAUUGCUAUAUUCUCAAGCAUAAAUACUGGUUGCAGUGGCAUGUCUACUAACAUAGCUGGCAAAAUGUACCAAGGGUUCUCUCCAGCACAGUGGUAUAUUUAGUUUUUCUGCUGCCCUAGGCACUGUGGAAAUAUUCUGCCUUCUGGACCACCUCCCCAAUGUUUAGCUCAUCAUUUCUCAUAUUAUGAGGCCAUGAUUUCCCCUAUGACAACCAGAGGCCAUUUAUAAUAAAAUUGAUAAAACUUUUGGAGAGCAUAGGAAUGGAAAAUCUUCAUGCCAAACAACCCUUCCAUGAGAAUUUACUGGCAUUUUCCUCCCAAUUCGGUUGCACUAGACAAAGGCUUACUAAGGCAAGGUCAAAGUAUACCCUAGCACAAUCUUCUUCAGUUUCAUUAUCUUCUCAAGCUUCACAAGUUCCUUACAAAGAGAUUAGUAUGUUUUGGUAUGCCUAUUGGGCUGCACACAAUUAAGCUCAUUUGGUGGAUGAGUUCCUGCUGCAAGCAAUGGGGCAGAGAGGUCCUUUAUAGCAUUCCGUGAAGACAAAUAUGUCAGUGAAACCCUGUAGAAGAGACUUUAACUACAUUUCAGUGUAUUU